AUGACCCAAUCUGGAGGCAAAGCCAAAAAGAACUGGUCCAAAGGCAAAGUUUGGUUUUAUUUGACCAAAAGCACUGAUGAUAAGUUCUUUAGGGAAGUUCCCAAAUACAAGCUUCUAACACCAGCUGUGGUCUCUGAGAAGCUGAAGAGUUGUGGAUUUCUAACCAAGGAAGCCCCUCAGGAACUCCUUAGUAAAGGGCUUACCAAAAUGGUCUCAAAACACUGA